ACGUUCUUUUCAUUUGUUUUGACUUUUUUUCACUUCUUCUAGUCUAUUCAAAGCGAAUUUCAAAAUAAAACGCAAUUAUUACCAAAGUUUAAAUAAAAAAUUGCGUCCUUUCUCAGCUAAAAUUCCAAGUGGAUACGAAGAAUUAUCACAAUGAACCGUCUAAAUCAUCGUGUUCGUCAAUUGCCCGCAAAAUAUUCUCAUUUGGUGAAACAAGCCAGUACAAGUGCAGCUGCAUCGGAAGCAACAGCAACGAAAACACAACGAUUACGAGCAUCACCGUUAAUCGAUGAAAUAAUUCGUAUUAAUCAUGCCGGUGAAUUGGGUGCCGAUCGAAUUUAUGCCGGACAACACGCAGUCCUAGGUAAAACAUCGAUCGGUCCAAUUUUGAAACAUAUGUGGGAGCAGGAGAAGAAGCAUCGAAGUGAAUUUGAACGAUUAAUCCGAGAAUAUCGCGUUCGACCGACGGUAAUGACACCUAUUUGGAAUGUAGCCGGCUAUGUAUUGGGAACUGGAACUGCAUUACUCGGAGAGAAAGCAGCCAUGGCAUGCACAGUGGCCGUAGAAACUGUCAUUGUUGAACAUUACAAUGAUCAAUUACGACAAAUCAUGGAAAGUCCAAAUGUUGAUAAGGAUAUUUUGGCCACGAUAACGAAAUUUCGCGAUGAAGAGCAGGAACAUCAUGACACUGGCAUUGAUCACGGGGCCGAACAAGCGCCGUUCUACAAAGCAAUGACCGAAGUCAUAAAAUUAGGCUGUAAAACAGCAAUUGCCAUUUCAAAGAGGAUUUAGUUGAAUAUAAAUUUGUUUCUAUGAAUUACCUAAGAGCUAAGACAAUUAUCUAAAUCGGAAUUUUUUUUGUAAACCAUUUAAUUGAAGAAUUCGCAAUGAAAAUUUAUUUGGUGGUGAAAAGAGGAAA